GGAGCCGAGCUCCGGGUAGUGAGGGGAAGGCCCCGCCGCCUAGAGCCCCGCGCUCCGGAAGUGAAGCGGCCAGACCACCCGCUAAUGGAUGCGGAGCGGAGGGUCGGCUGACCGAUCUCUGCGCCGGGGUAAAGAUUGCCUUUGGAAGAAGAAGCCACCCAAAGGGGAGCUUGGCUUGGCCGGAGCUAAGAAAGACCCAAACACAUCCAUUGCGUGGAGCUGGGUGACAUCUUCCUUUUCUGGAAGCUGAAUAAAUAAGCUGGUGACUCUCACAGGACAGUGGAGCGCCUGAACAGGAGUCCAAGCCUGCUGUGACACUUCUCUCCGGGAGUUCUGGGUGCCAGAGUGGAGGCCUUACCCCGCUAGCUAGCAAAAGGAGAGGUGAGGAGAGGCAGCAGAAACUGGGGGAGUCACAAAAGCAGCUCUUGCAGGUGCCUCGGGCAGUCGGAGAAGGGUCAGUGCCACCGUGUGGCUGCCAGCGUCGGGGAGAGCAUCAGCGGCCACCGGACUGCAGAGCCACAGGCAGUGAUGCUGUCCUAGCUGAGUUCUUGCCCCCGGGCAAGUAAGGGUGAUUGGUCCAGAAGACUUUGGGGCCGCUGUUGGGGUGGCCUGGGACCCAUUCCCUGGUGGGGUGCAAGUUCAGGAGCUGAGCCAGGAUAUUCUGAGUCCUGAUAGGCAGUGCCUGUCCACACCACAAACUAAUCGGUACCCCCAGAGUUGGAGCAAAUACUCGGACGAUGGCGCUGGCACUGUUAGAGGACUGGUGCAGGAUAAUGAGCGUGGAUGAUCAGAAAUCGCUGAUGGUUCUGGGGAUACCAGUGGACUGUGAUGAGGCUGAGAUUCAAGGGGUUCUCCAGGAGACUUUAAAGUCUCUGGGCAGGUAUAGGCUGCUCGGCAAAAUAUUCAGGAAGCAGGACAAUGCCAAUGCUGUCUUACUAGAGCUUAUGGAGGAUACCGAUGUCUCGGUGAUCCCCAGUGAGGUUCAGGGAAAGGGGGGUGUCUGGAAAGUGAUCUUUAAGACCCCUAACCAGGACACUGAAUUUCUGGAACGACUGAACCUCUUUCUGGAAAAAGAGGGGCAGACAGUCUCCGGUAUGUUCCGAGCCCUCGGGCACGAGGGGUUGUCUCCAGCCACGGUGCCCUGCGUGUCCCCAGAGUUACUGGCUCACGUGUUGGGACAGGCGAUAGCUCAUGCCCCUCAGCCCCUGCUACCCAUGAGAUACCGGAAACUGAGAGUAUUCUCGGGGAGCGCCGUGCCCGCCCCAGAGGAAGAGCCCUUUGAAAUCUGGUUGGAACAGGCCACUGAGAUCGUCAAAGAGUGGCCGGUAGCAGAGGCAGAAAAGAAAAGGUGGUUGAUGGAAAGCCUGCGUGGCCCUGCCCUGGACCUCAUGCAUAUAGUGCAGGCAGACAAUGCAGCCAUAAGCGUGGAAGAGUGUUUGGAGGCGUUUAAGCAAGUGUUUGGAAGCCUGGAGAGCCGCAGGACCUCCCAGGUGAAAUACCUGAAGACGUAUCAGGAGGAGGGGGAGAAGGUCUCCGCCUACGUGUUGCGGUUAGAAACCCUGCUCCGGCGCGCCGUGGAGAAACGCGCCAUCCCCAGGAAUAUCGCAGAUCAGGUCCGCCUGGAGCAGGUCAUGGCCGGGGCCAGCCUCAGCGAAGUCCUUUGGUGCAGGCUGAGGGAACUGAAAGAUCAAGGGCCGCCUCCCAGCUUCCUCGAGUUAAUGAAGGUGAUCCGGGAGGAAGAGGAGGAAGAGGCCUCUUUUGAAAACGAGAAUAUUGAAGAGCCAGAUGAAGGGGAUGGCUAUGGGUCCUGGGAUACGAGGCAGAGGACUAAAAACCAUCUCAGGGCGGGACCCACAGCCAGUGCGCCCCGGGGAGGUUUGCUGUACCCCGCUGAGACCACGUGGCUAUUUUUGUCCGAGGCCUCGGCGUCAGGUCUUGAUUCUUCUUUCUAAGAAAAAAUACCAGAGAGUUUCUUGGGCCCUACGUAGAUUAUUAAUAAAGGACGAAGUUCCAAGUAAGGAAUAGGAAGCCUGAAGGAACCCGCGACAUUUCCCGUUUCCCAAAUAGACCAAAGUCGUGCACCCAUACCGCAGAAGAAAGAAGUGAUGCAGGAAGAGAACACCUUUUGUAAUCUGUUGAACCUCUGACCCCUUUGACUCCUCGGCUGUGUUCCUUCCUCAAAUCAGCACAUCCCCUCUGAGUAGCCAGCGGUGUGAGGCACUCUUCACGGAGGUGAGAAUCGUAACCCCGAAAGCCUGGGCCAUGCUCUCGGAGCGAGCUCACCGGCUCACCGAGGACAUGGCCUCGGCAUGUGAGACGCUCGAUAAUCCCGGGUGUCAGUCACGGCACCUGUGGAAGUGCCACUACCAAAUGAAUACGGCCACCCCCACUGCUAUGUGUCUUUCUUUCUUCGCUCGGGAAGCACUCCUCCACUUCUCUGCCGUGUGUCGGAUGGCCGGUUCCAGGCACUGUGUUAGGCCCUCGAGACACAGACGACUCAGCCCAAUCCCUGCCUUCAAGAGAGAGAGCUAUGGUGUGAGAGAAGCACCUUCGAGAAAGGGCAGACGCUACAGGAAGGCUGCCUGCGAGGGAGGGUGUGCAGGCCGCGUUUGGAUUCAGCGAGCAGACCAUUCUGGUUGGAAAAGAUUUUUAGGGGCGACCAAAGGGAAAGAGGAGGGGAAAGGAGCCUGUAUUUAUUGAGGGUCUAUUAUGUGCCGGCUGGUUUACACACAUCUCAUUUAAUGUGCCCGGGAACCCCUUAUGGUAUAAUUUUGCUCUUUCUGAAAGAGAAAGAAAACGAAGCUCAGAUGAGUCGAGUGGGGUUCUCGGGAUCGAAACGCUAAGCAGUGGCAGAGCCGAGCCACAAGUCCGGAACUCUCUGCCUCUUGCUAACCCUCUGUCCGCUGUGAUGGUGGCUUUCAAAUUGUGCUCUACGGUUCUGCAGAGAUUUUUCAGCCUGUCCACCUUUAACAUGUACUUUAAACUCUCCCGAUCUCUACUAGAAAACAGGUAGACUCAAGUGUGUUGAUACCCAAAUGUUCACACACUGGCACCCAGCCACGGGCUCACUUCUGUUUCCAGAUGGACUCAUUUUGUGCAGACCAUGGAAGUAAGGUCCCCUUGUGACAUCUGAGCACAUAGCUGGACUUCUCUUAAGCGUUCAUAGAUUAAGGAAGUGAUGGCACCUCACAGGUGUUUAAGUCACGUCCGUGCAUGUCCCGUGACGUAGUGUGCCCCAGUAGAGCAUAAAUGAGCACCAUUCCGUUAAAUGCUAGUUGAUCUCGGGGCGCCUGGGUGGCUCAGUCGGUUGAGCGUCCGACUUCGG